GGUGCUGUGCGCGUGCGCCGCUCACUCUAUAUAAGCGGCUCGCGGCGCCUGCGCGCAGAGAGGCAGGCAGCGGGCGAGGCUGGGUGGCGGUUGGCGCGGGAACCAUGUCUCGCUACGGCCGCUAUGGAGGCGAGACCAAGGUGUACGUGGGGAACCUGGGCACCGGCGCCGGCAAGGGCGAGCUGGAGCGAGCCUUCAGCUACUACGGGCCCCUGCGCACCGUGUGGAUCGCGCGGAACCCGCCGGGCUUCGCCUUCGUGGAGUUCGAGGACCCGAGGGACGCGGAAGACGCGGUGCUCGGACUGGAUGGAAAGGUGCUGUGCGGCUCGCGGGUGAGAGUGGAGCUGUCCACGGGCAUGCCCCGCCGCUCGCGCUACGACAGGCCUCCCGCGCGGCGCCCCUUCGACCCCAACGACCGAUGCUACGAGUGUGGAGACAAGGGUCAUUAUGCUUACGACUGCCACCGCUAUAGUCGGAGGAGGAGGAGCAGGUCACGUUCUAGAUCUCAUUCAAGGUCCAGAGGAAGAAGGUAUUCUCGGUCACGCAGCCGAAGCCGUGGUAGGAGAUCCAGGUCAGCUUCCCUUCGCAGAUCGAGGUCGGUGUCACCUCGUAGAUCUAGAUCAGCCUCACCCCGUAGAUCCCGAUCACGUUCUUUAAAAAGAUCAAGGUCUAGAUCAAGAUCCAGAUCCAGAUCUGCUUUAUGGCCACGAAGCAGCCGAUCAAAGUCCAGAUCACCAUCUCCAAAGAGAAGUCGUUCACCAUCAGGAAGCCCUCGAAGGAGGAGUGCAAGUCCUGUAAGAAUGGACUGAAAUUUCAAAGUUAACCUUUUAGGAAGAAAGUUAUUUUGUUUACGUUGUUAUAAGGGAUUUUGUGUCUGAUGUAAAUGGUAAGGGCUUAGUCCUAGAAGGGUAUUUCAAUCAAAUAACAAUUGGCCUGGAUUGGGAUCUUCUAAAUUGUGACAUCACAUUCGUAGAUUAGUGCGCAACUUUUUUUGUUGUAUGCAUUUGCAUCCUGUGAUCUGAAAAUGUGGGACUUUUUUUAUUGACACAUAGAAAUAAAAUGUGUAUUUCUAACUAAAAACCUCUUUGUGGUAGCCCUACUGCUUCUGUUAAUGCUUCAGUAACUUUAAAGCAAGUCAUGUAUGUCAUUGAAGUUGACGUUAUACAGGUUGUCAAACUUAAAAAUUUGAUGGCUAUCACAGUCA